UCCCUUGCCCUAUUUUUCCACCCAAGUCUACUCUUCCUUCGGCGGCAAGGAAUUUGACUCUCCCGCGUACCUCUUACAACUUUUAAUCUUUCCUUUGGGAUCUCCCAAAUUUCUUUGCCCUAAUUCUUCCCGGUAUUUCUCCGAUCAGUUUUCCACCCGGCGAAUUAUCUCCUCUUCAAGAGAUGGCCGCUAAACCACUUACAACUGAGGCAAUUGCCAUAACUGAGAAGAAGAUGGACAUGGCUUUAGACGACAUCAUUAAAAUGUCCAAGAAUACGGGAAAUAAAGGCAGGAAACAGAGAAGGUUACCGAACAAAAUGCAGAAGUUUCCAAAUAAUGCUACUCAAGAUAGACCUAGGAAGUUGCAGCGAUUCAUGGACUCUAGAUCUUCUCUGAGACAGGGGGCUUUGGCCAACAGAAGGUCAAACUUUCAAGGGAAUCAGUUUCCUUUGGCAACGGAGGUUGCAAGAAAGGCUGCAGUUGCUCCUAUUCGUCCUAGAGCUUUUACUCGUAGGGCACCCAAUUGGAAUAAAACAAGGGUUGAGGCUCAUCCACCGGUUCCGAGGAAGCCUUUCACCAAUGGAAACUUUGUUCCCAAGGUAUCUGCACCGGCCCAGCCACAAACAAAUACCACGCCAAGACAGAGGCCACAGACUCUGGACUCACUGUUUGCCAACAUGAAGGAACAGAGGCUAAGAGUGUUGUCCCAGCGACAAAAUGGGGGUGGGGCACAACAACGGAAUGGUGGUCGCCAGCAACAAAGACCUCCUUGGGGGAAGAGGCCGUUUUGGUAACUGAUGAUUACACAACUCAAACCUGGUGGUGCUAUGAAUAAGCAUAUUCGUGUGGGGAAUGUAGAUGAUGCUUGCUUGUCCAUGGCACCCGAUAGCUGAUAGGGGAUCAAAAGGAUGUGAUUGUUUCUCGUCUUUGUUUUUUUUUUCCUUAAAAAAUUCGAACUUUGCUGGCUUGCUAUUUUUAGCGUUUUCUAGCUUCGCUUUGAACCGAUUAUUAUAGAAAUUUGUUGCAAUGUAUGUAAAGUGUUUUUUCUUUUGUUCUUGUGGCCUAUUUCCUCUGGCUUGUUCUGUUUAAAUCAAUCUCAUUAGACCUCCGCUCCCUUCAUCUUA